CUCCCACCCCGGGGGCCGCACCCCCGCCCGCCAUGCCCCCGCCGGCGCCACACCUCGUCGACGAGCUCCUGGAGGAGAUCUUCCUUCGCCUGCCCACCCCGGCCGCGCUCGCACGCGCCUCAACCGCCUCCCCCCGUUUCCGCCGCAUCAUCACCGACCGCUCCUUCCUCCGCCGCUUCCGCAAACUCCACCCGCCGCCGCUCCUCGGGUUCGCCGACGAACGUGCAGGCUUCCACCCCGCCGAGGCGCCCCAUCCCUCCGCUCCGCUCGCCCGAACCCUCGCCGACGCCGCUGAUUUCACCUACUCCUUCGUCCCCAAGCCCAGUAAUGACCACUCCUGGCGUCCCUGCAACGUCCGCGACGGCCGCGUCCUCCUCGAGGGCAGCCGAUACGAGAUCUUCAGAAAGCUCGCGGUGUGCGAUCCGUUGUCACGGCGCUACGUGCUGCUUCCGCCCAUACCCGACCACAUGUCCGUCCAGGAACAGAGCCCUUGGGAAUUCAGGUCCAUCCUGGCCCCCAUUGCCGAGGAGGAUGAGGAUGAGACGUCGUUCAAGGUGAUAUGCUUUGCGGACUACGAAACCAAGCUGGAUGUGUUUGUAUUCUCUUCCGUCACACGCCAAUGGUGCAUUGCUGCAUCUCCCAGCUGGAGUUCUUUGGGCGCGGACCGCCCAUGGGGGCUGCGCGUGGUGUCUCAGGGAUCCCGUGGCUUCUCCUGUUUUGACCAUGUACGUGGCUGCUUCUACUCGGCGUCGCCAUGGAAAGACAAGCUGCUCGUGCUGGACACGCGGACAAUGGAGAUUUCCACCGUCAAUGAUCGCACUGGCUACCGUAUGCAGCUCAGAUGGCUCCCUGGCCAGGCAGAAGAUGUUUCUGCCAGAGACCAUAUGCUGGACAGACAACGCCCUGCUCAAGUAAGAAGUCUGCCUGCCAUUGUAGUAGGUAGAGAAGGAGCCCUUGAGAUGUUUUCUCUCGUCGGUGAUCACAGGCUUAAUGGCUCGUUUCAUCUCUAUCACACCACUCAGGAUACUAACACUGAAUCUUCCAAGGAAUGGCAGCUGGACAAUAUUGUACCAUUGCCCGGACAGUAUGACUAUUUCACCGCAGGCGCAGCUGAGGGAUUCUUAUUCCUUGGAGCCACUUCAGAAGACCAGUUGGACAUUGAUGAAGACUCACCAGUGUGGUUGUCGAAGACUGACUGGGAUGUAGAUUAUUUUUCGCUGGAUGUCAAGACUUCUGAACUUGCAAAGGUUUGUAGGAGGAAGAAGAAAUUCUUCCAUUAUGAAGAUGUUUACUGGGACAAACACAUUUGGAGUCUCUUGUUUGGGCUAUGCGAUGCUUUUGAGAAGAAAUGGAGGAUAUGCUGGCUAGAUAUAGUACUCGAGCCCUGGUAUUAUUUGUCAGGAACUAUCCAUUAUGUGCUUCACUAUAUAUGUCCAUGUGCAGCAUAUUUCAGGAAGACAUGUUGUAGGAGGUGAAUUUGUAUAUGUACUUUGUUGUAUAUGCAAUUAUUAAGCAUGUUUACGCAAGACAUGAUGUUAGGCAAGCUUAAUUUUGUCGAACUCUAA